CCCACCCAUGUUCUCUGUCUCUCUCUAAAAAAUAAACAUUAAAAAAAAUUAAAAAAAAAAAAGAAUCCUAAUGGUUAGCGUGCUAAGUUUCGGGUGGAAAUAUGACCACGCUGACAUCACCUGGUGAUAACAUGAUGACUUAUGGGACCCCAUUGCAUCCCCUGUUCUGGGGGCACAGAGCAGAUGCUGGGGGGUAGACUAUACUGGGUGUCUUCUGUUUGUACCCCUUGUCUAUUUUCCCAGGAUGAUGGCUACUUUAAUCUUCUCAACAACCCUAUAGUAAUAAUAGAUCUUCUCGAUUACCCUCUUCCUAUAUACCUGGCAUUGUUCCAAGUGCUUUCCAUGAAUUGAUUCAAUUCAAUCAAUUCAAUUAAUGGAUUCAAUUAAUCCUCACAGGUUUUUCAUGCUGAGUAUCCUAUUACUCCCAUCUUGCAGAUGAGGAAACUUAAGCAAAGAAUGGUUCAGUAACUUCCCCAAACCCACAGUUAGAGAUUAACCUCUGCCUUGUAAGCUUUCUCAAAGGGGUUAGGUAUGAUUAUCUUGCUUUUGCAGACAGGAAAGCAAAGACUUAGAAGAGUAAACAAAGGGACUCAUCCAGAUAUAAUCAGCCCCACAGUGAGGGUUCAAACCCAGGUCUGUCUAACCUCAAAACUCAUGUCUAACAUAUUCUGCUCUUUAAUACUUCAUUUUAAGGUGUCAAUAUGAGAAGGAGAUGACUGGGAAAUUUAGGUUCCAUGGACAUAAGAUAUUAAAUAAUAAACUAUUAAAAACUAUUUUUAAAAGAAACGUGAUGGAUCUGAUUGAAAAAUCCCUGCUAAUAUUUUCUAGGAGAACACUGCUUUUUGAAUCAUUCUUUUUUACACUUAUUAGCUGUCAUUAGCCUGAUCAAGUAGAAUACAGUGGUCACUUAUUCACAGACUGAGGAAAUGCAUAAACCAGAAUGGGGAGAAGAGCCUGAGAAGGGAAACCACACUGGCCAGGGUGCCAGUAACUUCUUUUUUGCUUUAGUGACAGUUUCUCACCCUUCCACUAGUAAAGGAGGGCAUAGUCAAGACUUAGCACAUGCUUUAUAAGAAUUCAUAUCCCUCCUGCCCUUGGGAAUUUCCUCCACCUGACUCAUCUUUUCAAUAUCAUGGACUAAGGGCUCUCUCACAAUGAUCUGCUUUUCAGAUAAUACCAUCCAGUCGAUUUUCUGUUGCUGUUGCUGCUGUUCCGUGCAGAAGCGACAAGUAAGAACACAAAUAAGCCUAAGCAAAGAUGAAGAGUUUUCAGAAAGAUACACUCCGCGUCGCAGGCUGUGGUUCAGCGAAUUGCCAAGUAAGAAGCGAGCCAACAGAGGCCACAUGCAACCAUCAAAACGCAAGCCACUGCCUCCCCUCCCACCCUCUGAGGUUCCUGAAGAGAAGAUCCAAGUAAAAGCCCUGUAUGAUUUUGUGCCCAGAGAGCCGUGUGAUUUAGCCUUAAAGAGAGCAGAGGAGUACGUGAUAUUGGAGAAGUAUAAUCCUCACUGGUGGAAGGCAAGAGACCGUUUGGGGAAUGAAGGCUUAAUCCCAAGCAACUAUGUGACUGAAAACAAACCAACCAAUUUAGAAAUAUAUGAGUGGUACCAUAGAAACAUCACCAGAAAUCAGGCAGAACGUAUUUUGAGACAAGAGUCUAAAGAAGGUGCAUUUAUUGUCAGAGAUUCGAGACAUUUGGGAUCCUACACGAUUUCUGUGUUUAUAAGAGACAGAAGAAAUAUGGAGGCUACCAUCAAACAUUAUCAGAUUAAAAAGAACGACUCAGGACAGUGGUACGUGGCUGAAAGACACCUCUUUCAGUCAAUCCCCGAGUUGAUCUGGUAUCAUCAACACAAUGCAGCAGGUCUCAUGACCCGUCUCCGCUACCCGGUUGGACUGAUGGGCAGCUGUUUGCCAGCCACAGCGGGUUUCAGCUAUGAAAAGUGGGAGAUAGAUCCCGCUGAGUUGGCGUUUGUGAAGGAGAUUGGAAGCGGUCAGUUUGGAGUAGUCCAUUUAGGGCAAUGGCGAGCACACAUCCAGGUAGCUAUCAAGGCCAUUAGCGAAGGCUCCAUGUCUGAAGAAGACUUCAUUGAAGAGGCUAAAGUGAUGACGAAAUUAUCGCACUCAAGGCUGGUCCAGCUGUACGGAGUGUGCGUUCAGCAGAAGCCCCUCUACAUCGUGACGGAGUUCAUGGAGAACGGCUGCCUGCUGAGCUAUCUCCGAGAGAGGAGGGGAGCGCUGCGGAAGGAAAUGCUGCUGAGCAUGUGCCAGGAUGUCUGUGAGGGAAUGGAGUAUCUGGAGAGGAGCCGCUUUAUUCAUCGGGAUUUAGCAGCAAGGAAUUGUUUGGUCAGUGCUGCAAGUAUAGUAAAAAUAUCGGACUUUGGAAUGACGAGGUACGUUUUGGAUGAUGAGUAUAUCAGUUCUUCUGGGGCCAAGUUCCCCAUCAAGUGGUCCCCUCCUGAAGUUUUCCACUUCAACAAGUACAGCAGCAAAUCUGACGUCUGGUCGUUUGGAGUUUUGAUGUGGGAAGUUUUUACAGAAGGAAAAAUGCCUUUUGAAAAUAAGUCAAAUUUGCAAGUUGUGGAAGCCAUUUCUAAAGGCUUCAGGCUUUACCGUCCUCAACUGGCACCAAUGUCCAUAUAUGAAGUCAUGUACAGCUGCUGGCAUGAGAAACCCAAAGGCCGCCCGACGUUCACUGAGUUGCUGCAGGUGCUCACAGAGAUUGCGGAGACCUGGUGACACGAAUGGGAGGCCAACCCAGAGGAUCAUCUUGCAAAAUUAUCACAAAAGGAAAUCCUGUUCGGGGUCACUGAUGAUGAACACCUUCCUUUAGAGUUGCUGACUCUUGGAAACAGUGCAAAGAUCACAGGCUUUUCAAACUUUAAAAUUUAAAAAUACUCUGACAGUCAUAUUUUCUACAGGGAUGUCUUUGAAAGGGACUUUCCGACUCUCAUUUUUCUGUGUUGUUCUCCGUGUCCCAUAGGUGAAGAGGGGGAAAAUGCUCCAUAGCGGUCUUCAUAGUGGCUGCUCUUCCUGAGAAGAGCCCUGGGAGCCCCUGAGAGUGAAAAACUCUGCCAACUCAUGGAAUAAAGGAGCCUCCCCUGCAGAAUUCAACCCUUUUGAGCUGGACGGGCCUUUGUGGAAGAUGCACCUUUACAAGACACAUGAAUGUGAACAUUCUUAAACUGUCUUUUAUAAUCUCCCCUGUGUUAUUUAAGGACGUGGUUUUGCACAUACCUGAUUAUUUUGGAGACAGUUUCUUGUAUUCCAGUUUUAAACACUGUGAAGGCAAAGUUCUUUGAACAAGUCCCGGUGACAUUUCUGUUUCCAGUAAUAUCCAUUGUCAGGGUCAGUUGAGAACUUGAAUUUGAAUUCUAAAGUUUCACGCUUUGUCCAUGUGAAAUUGGAUGACUUAAGGAGCCUCCUUUUAAAACGGGUAAUGGAUCUAUUUUCUUUUCUUUUCCCUACAGUGUCAAAGAAUGCUUAUUGCACAGUUGGGUAAAGAAAAGUGACACAUUUUGAAGAUUUCGUAUCUUUUCUGAGUUAAAUUCUCAAACAAUUUUUUUUUGUGUAUAGUUAACAUUAUAUUCGUUUCAGGUAGACAGCAUAGUGAUUCAAUGUCUCUGUUAUGUUAUGCUGUGCUCACCACAAGUGCGGCUGCCAUCUGUCACCAUACAUUGUUAUUACUACAUCACUGACAAUAUUUCAUAUGCUCCGCCUUUUAUUCCUGUGACUUAUUUAUUCUACAACUGGAAGCCUGUAUCUCCCGCCCCCACCCCCUCUCUCCAGCAACCAUCCGUUUGUUCUCUGUAUUUAUAGGGCUUCUGUAAGAAGCCUUAUUUUGUCAUAGGAAAUUCCUCCAGUACCUGUCUAGAAGACGGCUUGCUUUUCUCAUAAGAACAAGAGGAGGCAAACACAAGAGAGCCAAACGUCACCUCCAACUCCAUUAUUUCUGAACCCCGGGGUUUUGGAUUCAAGAUAAAAAUAACCACGGUCAUAAUUAAAUCUUAAUUCCUCGGGCGCUGUUUGUAGGAAUGAUUGGAAAUGUGUCUUGAUCAUUGUGAGCGUUUCAGAAUUAGCGUAGGAAGAAGGGUGUGGCAGAAGGCACACGUGUUGUCAUCGUGAGGUUUCGCGCUGGGAGUCUGUCGUCUGAUACCGCCCUACCCUGCGUCGUGGUUCUGCGUUAGGAUUCCCGGUAGAUUCUAAGUUGCCGUGUGGCAGCAGCUGUGACUUUUAAGUCCUAUUUCCCUGUUCCAAGAAUGAUGUAUUUGAGUAUCAGUGGUACUUGGUCAGUGCACUGAAAUGAUGAGCAUCCGACGCGAGAAUGGCCAACUUUGAUAAUUCAAGUGGUGGUCUCGGAAAUACUUGUAUGAGAUCCCGUGGUGUUUCUGAGACUAUCAGACCCUUUUUCCUCAUGAUAUGGGAGGCGAGACAGGGCUCCCACUACUGAGAUCUUAGGUCAAAUAAGAUACGCAGAAGUUACGUGCAAGAGGGCAUGAGACUAUCAAACCAGCAAAAGCCAAGGCCGGGGGGAAGGUUAAUGUUAUGGCAACAGAACAGGACAUCCCAAUGCUGAAGAGUUAGGAUUGACCACAGGGCAUCCCGCCGUCACGAUCACUGCGAUGCAGGGAGACGGAGUUCAGAGCGGGAGUGAGUCCAGAGAGGAGUCCUUCCUGGAGGUGUGAUGGCAGCCGCCAGCUCUCCUAUGAGCAAUCAUUGGGUGGUGGUAGGCAAGCUCUAUUCCUUUUGUUUUAACACUUCAUCAGAGCGUGAGCUACUAAGAAACAGAAGUAACUGGAGAUAAUAUGUAUGUAACUGAGGUGCCAGAUAAUGGGUGAAUUUGGAAUGUCUUUUUGUUUUUAAUGUUUAUUCACUUUUGAGAAAGAGAGAGACAGUGGGUGAGCAGGGGAGGGGCAG